UCAGGUGAAAGUCAUGGAUAACACAGGUGAAACUAAACUCAUGCUUUUCGAUACUGCCGCUGCUGAUGUUGUCUCUGAGAGUGCCUACACGGUUCUUAAUGGUUCCUUCGACGAGAUUGAUGAUCCUGAGACCUUGCCAGACGCACUAAAAAAUUUAAAAGGAAAGACAUUCCUAUUUCUUGUGUGUAUUGAGAAAGAGAAUUUGUGGGAUGGUCUUGAAACCUACAAAAUCUCUACUGUUUUGUCCAAGCAUGGAAUGUUGGCGGAAGAACACACUCUUGAAGAAUCUGAUAACAAUUUGAGUCAUUCAGAGAUUAACUCGGAGAAUUUGGGGUUGGAGUUCACUUCUUUGAGCGAUGGUAGCCAAGAUGAUUUGUCGCCUCCGUCCAAACGUUCUCUUGAUUUUAAAGAAGACCUCUUUGAUCAGUCUUCCAUAACAAAGAGAAAGUGUGUGCAAUCAUCUAAGUUGGCUGAUCUGGUGAACGUAUCUAUUGAUAAACGUGACUUUGAUGCAGUUGUGUGCGCUGAAGAUGAAGGUUUCAUCGAUGAUAAGAACAAUAUUGAAGAGGUUACUAUCACCAACGGCUUAAGCCCAAUCUGGUUCGAGUGAAGGUGGAGCCUAAUUAAGUAGCUUCUCAUUGGGCAAUGCUUGCUUCUUUUGUUUCCGAUUCCAAAUGUUUAUUUCAAGUUUUUAUCAUUCAAUAAUG